AUGAACGGCAAUGGCAGUGAAGGAGGAGCAGUGGGCUCGGAGAAGAUCAAUGUUGAUAUCAUGACCCUGACUCGCUUCUUGACCGAGGAGCAGACAAAACACAAAGAGGCCACUGGGGACUUUACCCUUUUGUGCCAUGCCCUCCAAUUCUCUUUCAAGCAAAUAGCGUACUACAUUCGACGAGCAUCUUUGAUCAACCUUGGCGGUCUUGCUGGCUCUUCAAACACUACGGGUGACGAUCAGAAGAAGCUAGAUGUGAUAGGCAAUGAUCUGUUCAUCGCAGCAAUGCGGUCGUCCGGACGCGUCAGGAUCUUGGUCUCAGAAGAGGAAGAGGAGGCGAUAGUGUUCGACGAGCACCCACACGCACGCUAUGCCGUGGCCUGCGACCCAAUCGACGGCAGCAGCAACUUGGACGCUGGUGUAUCAGUCGGCACCAUCUUCGCUGUCUACCGUCUGGCCGAGGGUUCAAGGGGAUCGAAGGAAGAUCUCCUGCUUCCAGGCUCAGAGAUGGUGGCAGCAGGCUUCACUAUGUACGGUGCCUCUGCGCAACUCGUCAUGACUAUGCGUGGCGGGCCAGUCAACGGCUACACCAUGGACAACGCGCUGGGCGAGUUCAUCCUCACACAUCCGGAUAUGAAGAUACCCAAGAAGCGUUCGAUCUACAGCUGCAACGAAGGCAACAGCAAGUAUUGGGACGAGCCGGUGCUGGAGUGGUGCAAUUCGCUCAAGCAGGCUGAGAAGCCAUACUCUGCGCGUUAUAUUGGAUCCAUGGUUGCAGACGCAUACCGAACGCUACUGUACGGCGGCAUUUUUGCAUAUCCUGCGGACAAGAAGAGUCCGAAGGGUAAACUGCGUAUCCUUUACGAGUGUGCCCCAAUGGCUAUGGUUUUCGAGAAUGCUGGUGGCCAAGCGAUCAACAGCAAGAUGGACCGUAUGCUCACUGUCGUGCCAGAACAUAUCCAUGAUCGAAGUGGCAUCUUCAUGGGUAGCUACGAUGAGGUGCAGAAGGUGAUCGAUAUCCAUAAGAAGCACGGCGUUGGCAAGUAA